AUGGCAGCAACCCAGUCAAACCUUAGCAAUGGAGUUCAUUCAGUGGAACAGCUCCAGGAGAUGGCGGAUAAAGCACGGAAGAACGGUUGGCCCUCGGCAGACGUGCGGGAGUUGUACAUUGCGUUCUUCGAACAUGUGAAGCACAAGCGAUACCCUUCCUCUCCGGUGGUGCCCCAUGGGGACAACACCCUGCUCUUCAUCAAUGCUGGGAGAUUGCGCCGUGUGGUGGAUACUCAGAAGUGCAUUAGGGCCGGAGGAAAGCACAACGACCUGGAAGACGUGGGCAAGGACGAGUACCACCACACAUUCUUUGAGAUGCUCGGCAACUGGAGCUUCGGCGAUUAUUUUAAGGAGGAGGCUAUCGAUUGGGCGUGGAAGCUCCUCACUGAGGUGUACAAACUUCCUCAGGACAGACUUUACGCGACGUACUUUGGGGGGGACCCCAAAUUCCCCAGCUGUCCUCCGGAUUUGGAGGCGAAGAAGUUUUGGUUGAAGUAUCUUCCGGAAGAUCGCGUUCUGCCCUUCGGAGCAAAAGAAAACUUUUGGGAGAUGGCGGACGUCGGCCCUUGUGGCCCCUGCACUGAAAUUCACUACGACAGAAUCGGCGGCCGGAACGCUGCAAAUCUGGUAAAUAUGGACGACCCUUCAGUGCUGGAGAUAUGGAAUUUGGUGUUCAUGCAGUUCAACAGGGAAAACGCGGAAACGCUGACUCCACUACCCGCCCCCUGCGUGGAUACGGGGAUGGGGUUAGAGCGUCUUGUCUCGGUUCUGCAGAAGAAGAAGUCCAACUACGACACGGACCUCUUCCAGCCCAUUUUCGAGCGCAUCCAUUCUUUCAACCCUACGCUUCCAAAGUACCAGGGGAAGGUUGGUGAGGCGGACAAGAACAAGAUCGACACCGCCUACCGGGUCCUGGCCGACCAUAUCCGUUGUUUGACGGUGGCUAUCACUGACGGAGCUGAGCCGUCCAACGAAGGAAGAGGCUAUGUUCUUAGGAGAAUCCUCAGACGGGCGAUCAGGUUCUCCAAACAAACACUUCAGUUGCCUGACGGGAGCUUCCCUCAGCUGGCCUCUUGCGUCUGCUCCUCCCUUGGCUCGGUGUUCCCUGAGUUGCUGAGGUCUCAGGAUCGCGUCCAGUCAGUGCUGCUCAAAGAGGAGCAGCAGUUCACGAAAACCCUCGACAAGGGGGUGGAUCGUUUCAAGAAGGUCGUGGCCUCUCUUGCCCCAUGUGGCAAGUUUCCCGGCUCCGAGGCGUUUACACUUUACACUACGUAUGGAUUUCCUCUGGACCUUACGCAGCUCAUGGCGGAGGAAGAGGGUCGAGAGGUUGACGUGGAGGAAUUCAACAAGAAGUUCGAGGAGCAUCGUGCUGCCUCGGAAAAUGUGGCAUUUAAAGCGAAUGGGGGGGCUUCCGUUUGCCGCUUGCCUCCAGACCAGCACCACAAGCUUGAGCAGCAAGGACUUGCUCCAACUGAUGACUCUUAUAAGUACCACUGGAACAUCGCCCAACGACCAUACAACCCGGACUCGGAAGCAACGCCGCCGUGCACAUGCAAGCUUCAAGCCAUUUGGAAUGGAACAAACUUCAUUGAUACAGUGUCUGAAGACGGAACUGUUAUAGCCCUAGUGCUUGACAAGACUCCCUUUUACGCGGAGCAAGGCGGACAGCUUGGAGACGAGGGUUUCCUCGAAUUCAAUGGGCAUCACUUCAGAGUCAGAGACACGCAGAAAAGUGGCUGCUACAUACUGCACGUUGGAACUUUGUUCGGGGGAGCCUCACUCAAGGUGGGGGAUUUGUUGACACCUCGAGUGAACUACGCGCGGCGCCUUGGUCUGGCCCAGCAUCACACUGGCACUCACCUUUUGGCGGCGGCACUUCGCCAAGCAUUGCUGGAGAAGGACAGCAGCAAGAAAGAGACAGGGAGGGGGACUGAGGACAAGGGAGUAGAAACAGAGGCACGGACUAUUAAGCAAAAGGGGUCUCUUGUAGAAGAGAGAAGGCUGCGGUUUGACUUCGACUGGGACGCGCCACUAACAAAUCAGCAGAUUGAAGCGAUUGAACUAUACGUUCAGAGAGCGAUUGCCUCCUCUUUGCCGGUAAACACGGCUGUGCUGCCGUUGAAAACUGCAAUGGAGCUUCCCGCCUUGUGCGCGGUUUUCGGUGAGGUGUACCCUGAUCCAGUUAGGGUCGUGAGCAUUGGUCCCGACGCCAACGAACUCAAGGCAAUACAAGACACACAAGGGGCCGAGAAAGUGAACGCCAGUGUCGAGCUCUGUGGAGGUACACACCUCAGCAACGCCUCUCAGCUGGAGGACUUUGUCAUCAUUUCGGAGGAGAGCAUUGCAAAGGGCAUUAGGCGAAUCGUUGCGGUGGCCGGCGAAGCCGCAAUUAGGAUCGCAGUGGAGAUUUUGGUGUUUGGGAUGAUUGUGCAGUUGUCGCUGGCAAACCUGGAGUGCGCCUCCCCUACAUUCCCGUUUUUCGAGAAGGAGGUGCAGCAGGCGAAAUCUUUUGUAGAGAGCAACAAAACUAUUCCUCUCUUGUGCAGGCGGCGCUUGUUGGCGGACCUCGAGCACAAGCAGAAGCUUGGGUUGGAACUGAGCAAGUUCCGUGCUAAGGAGCUGCUGCGAGUUGGGAAGGUCCUCGGGGAGGAGGCAGCGCAUGCGGCUAAAGGCAAAAAGUUCGUUGUCUUGAACCUGACGCAACUCCAAGGGGACGGGAAGGCUUUGGAUGAAGCUGCAAAGGCUUUACAAGCUGCUGCUCCUACGCUGCCGUUUCUGUUGUUGACCGGGCUGGAGAGUCGCGGGACAUCAUGCAUUUGCUUCAGCCCGAAGGGUGCCCAGUUAGAGUCCUCGAAGUGGCUGAACGAGGCCCUGAAGGUGUUAGGAGGCAAGGGAGGUGGCAAGGAGAGGAGUGUGGGGGCAGCCAAGGAUGGAACUAUCAACGGUUUAAAGCGGGCUGUCAGCGCUGCCGUGGCAUUUGCUGAGGCAGCCUUGCAGUAG